UGCUGGCACCGUGUUUCAUCGCGAGCGCGCGUGCAACAUGCUGCUACUGUUGUGAUUUGCACUGUUUACCAUACAACUUUGCUGUUUCAGUUUCUUAUCAUUUUUUUUUUCGUUACCGAGCGCAGGCAUGGCGCAUCUCGUCACGAGGUCUUACUGCCUCACUCUUGUCGCCUGCUUGCUUGUCGCUCAACAAUUUCAAGACUCACAACUAUUGGUCAUCAAAGAAGUUGAUAUUCCAGCCACUGUGAAAGUUGAGGAGGACUUUGUCAUACUUGAUUGCGAUUAUGACCUCCAAAACACCUCGAUUAAAGGCCUUGUAGUCAAAUGGUAUCUUAAUGAGAUGGAUCUCGUCUACCAGUGGAUCUACGGUGGUCCACCACAAGCUGUCGCUCCUGUCUUAAAGUACAUCGAUCUACACUACAAGGCUAGUGAUAAUAGGACCAAAAUGUACCGAGCGAUGAAGCUUCGUAGUCCGGAUAUCGACUUGACUGGCAAUUACACGUGCCAGAUAUCGACCUUUGAAGAUGAAGUCUCGGAAAAACGAGCGAUGACUGUUUAUUCGACCGGCAGGGAAGAGGAGUUCAAAUUAUGGCAUACGAAAAUGAGUUACGACGGCGAUGAUGGUGUUGAAGUGACUUGUCAGGCGUUGGGGCUCUAUCCUAAGCCAACUCUCGACAUCACUGUCGAAGGUUACCCGGAAAUACAAUCACCGAGGCCCUUGAUUACGGAAACAGAGGAUGGACAUUACGACAUCGUCUCUUAUCUUACACUUGAAGAUGACGAUCUUCCGGAUUCCGUUGUUAUUAACUGCAUACUUGGCAUUCCCGCUGUUAACUACAACGCUACCAAGAAAAUUGUUCAUUACCCUCCGGGAAGGUCGACUACCACCGCUACCGCGAUAACUGUCGGCGGCACGACGAAGCUCCUGCGAAAAAUGGAGAUCCAGGCACUUGACAAUUCACAAGCUGACGCUAGCAGUGGUGGCGAAAACGGGACAGGACAAGUUAACGUGAGUUUAUCAAUUAUGCUGUUAAGCAUUACUGCAUAUCUUCUUCUUGGUCAUUAAUCAAAAUUGAAUUUUUGACCACAUUGAAAGAAAGUACAAGCUCAAAUUCAUGCAGACUUAUCAGUUUCAUAUUUAACUCCAAAGAAUAUCGAUACACCAAAAAUGAUUCAAAAAACAAUACUACGAGACGUAAAAAGAGGAUGGACGUAGUGAUAUUGUGGUUUAUUUAUAAACUUCACGUGCAAGUUGUACAUAGUGUGAAUGCACCUGUGAAUAUGUAUACUAUUGUGAUUCGAUAAUAAAAUAUCAAAUUGAUAUAUCGAGUUAAAAGAACGGCGCAGUAUAUUUGGAAAUCGUGAAAAAAAAAACAUUUUUUAUCUUUCUAAUGACAGUUACUGAUCGAACGAUGUUAAUAAAUUACGAAAGAGGGUAAAUAUCAGCCAAAAGAGUCGAAGUAGGAAUCUAAUUUUCAAAUCAUCCAUACGAUAAGUGCGCUUGUAAAUCUUCGAGACCAUUGAGAAUAUGCCUAGUCUUGUAACUAAUCACAAAUAUUAUACCAAAUGGAAUAUUAUUGCUGUUAUCCAAGUUCAUGUUUAGUUGUAAGGUAAGAACAUUUUUUAUGCACCUUAAACUAUGCAUUUUCCUAGAGCAAUCUAAUGUAUUAAAAUUAAUGAGCGCAUAUAUUAAUUUGAUUUCAAAAAUAUUAAGGUGUAAUAAUAUCUCAUAGUAAUUAAACAAAUAUGCAAAUCAUUAGUAUUAAAUAUUGAUGUUGCAUAAACUUGUACAGUAUGCCUAUCACCUGUUACAGUGUAAUAAUUAUCUACAAACAAACUAUAAAAAAUUUAUAAAUCAGUGUUAUGCCUGUAUACAAAUAUUAAAUAAAUGAUUUUCAUAAAAGUCACAUCAAAAUAAUUCGAAUAAUUGAUUAUUUUUCACAUUAACUAGAUAACAGUUUGUUUUUCUAAUAUUUGCUUUCAAUUUAAAAAUAGCAUUAAUAUAGAAGUAUGAUAAUUUUAACAUCAGCUUCAUUAAUAUUAAUUGAUAAUCAUUCUUUUAAUGUGAUUUCUGAAAUAAAAUAAACCUCAGUACGAAAAUUUUAAAAUAUAGACAUGAGUUUUGUGAAAAUCAUUCUCAAUCAAAUUAUUAUGUAAUAUUAUCGAACAUUCAAUAAAAUCUUAUAAUCAAUCAUAAUAAAGUCAAACAUGGAACCGCAAUAUAGCGCUCGUGAUUUACAACAGUAACAAAGCAAUGAAAUUAUGUAAAUAAGAAUAUUGUACAAAGAUUAACUGUAUUUAAUGAUCAUCUUCUACGAAAAAUUUAUCAAUCAUUGUUCUAAAUGCAAACUGCGAGUAAAUCAUUAUGUAAAAUAUUGAGAAUCCAAUUAAUGUAAGGAAGGAUUAUUUAAAGAAGUUGAUGUGUUAGUUAACGUCAUAGAUAUGUUACGUAAAAAGUUACACUUUUUUUAAUAAAAACAAACCCCC